GGACAUCCUCAAGAAACUCCUCAAUCUUGUUGACGUCUGUUUUGACCUCGCCAUUGAAGGUGACGAAGGGAGGGUGUGUGCCUGGGGCGAGGUUUUGUAGAUCUGCAGGCUUCCUGCAUGACACAAACAUUUCAGUGCCAAUCAAGCAGCACCACGCUUUCACCAAGGCUUACUUGCUGUGGAGAGACGGAGCCGACAGCGGGCGGAGGAAAGCAGCAUCCCUAGCCGAGAUGGAGGCGAGAAAGCGGGGCGUGCGGUGGAGAGAGGAGGCAUGUCGCACUCGGAGCCGCACAGUAGCAACAAUCAGCGCACACCACACAGCUGUGCGCAAUCACGUCAUCUGCUCCUCCAGCAUAAACAGGGGGAAGGAGGAACAGACAGGGAAGAGUAGGAGAAGGAAUCCACUGGAGGAGACCGACCACGACCAACAAACAAGCGAUCAAACAGAGAGACGAUGCGACCCCGCAACAGACGCCAACCCCGGACACCGCAAAGUGCACCGCAGGCGGAAGCAGGAAACGCCUGCGCACUGCAAAGAACCGCGACAACCAGGUAAGACGUAACAAAUAUUGAAAUAAUAAAGGAAUGUCAAACCUGCUAUGUUGCGUCCUGUAUCCAUCGUCACUACAACCCACACAUGGACGGUAGGAAGUCCGUCACAGUGGCGCCAACAUGGAAGAGACGACCGGAAGCGGAAGGCGAUGACGUCAUCUGGGCUUUGGUCGUGAGCUACAAAACGCUGCUCAAGGAACAGCGUCAGGAGACCCAAAGGCUGCAGGCGCUGAUGAACCAGGUGGGAGGAAGCGGCGAGGAUAUUCCCGAGGGGAAAGCCAAGGAAAAGGCCAGUGGGAACACAGCAGAUAACCUCCACAUGGGGGGCGGAGCUGGGCAGGCGGCAGUGGCAGCAGCGGCAGCAGCAGGCCACCAGGACGAGCUGUUCGCCAAGGAGAGGGAGGACGCCUGUCUAAAUGGGGACGAUGAUGAUGAUGACUGCGGUGCAGAGGAGGCGCCCUCUGCUGGAGACACAGAUGCACGACCAGUGGAGCGGACAGCUGGAAAAAUUGAAGAUGAAGUUGGAAAAUUUCAAGAAAAAAAUGGAAGACAAGGUGGAAGAAAAAAUUAAAGAAUCUCAAGAAGGUGAGAAAGAAGACAAAGGACCUGGAGAAAUGCAGGAUAAUGAGGAAGACAAAGAAGAAGUUAAAGAAGAAGAAGUUGAAUCUCAAAAAAGUGAGGAAAAGGAAAAAUACCUGGAGAAAUGCAGGAAAAUGAUGAAGAUGUUGAAGAUGAAGAUGAAGAGGAAGUUGAAAAAUCUCAAGAAAAAGAAGUGCUUGGAGAAAUGCAAGGAAGUAAUCAAAGAGGACAAAGAAAAAGUCGAAAAGACUCAAGAAAGUGAGAGGGAAGAAAGGCCUGAAAGAAUUCCAGGAAAUGAUAAAGACAAGUGAAAAGCCAAAGAGAUGCUGGCAACACUGCAGACGACCACGAGACCCACCUCAGCGCCCCGCCGUCAUCUCGCCCCGCGAUAUUGGGGGGGGGUUGGUCGAAAGGUCCAAAUUUCCCGGUCAGGAUAAAGAAAAAGAAGAAAAACAACAUGGUGGUGAUGAUGAUGAUGAGGACGAUGAGGAAGACCCGGUCGAGGGUGAUGAUGAUGACCAUGGUGAUGAUGAUGAAAAGGAACGUGGUGAUGAUGAUGAUGACGAAGGGGAUAAGGAAAAACUUGAAGAGGACAAGGACAAAAGGCAAAGAAAUUGAAGUUUGGGAAGACAAAGAUCAAGGCAAAGAAGUCAGAGAGCCGCAGCUGUUUUUUUUCACGCUCCUUGAAGAAAAGGUGGGGGGGAGUAAGCUCAGCCGGACUGAAGCACGGCUUCGAACUGGCGGUGGAGAUAUGUGGAGAGACGGAGCCGACAGCGGGCGGAGGAAAGCAGUAUCCCUAGCCGAAAUGGAGGCGAGAAGGCGGGGCGUGCGGCGGAGAGAGGAGGCGUGUCGCACUCUGAGCCGCACGGUAGCAACAAUCAGCGCACACCACACAGCUGUGCGCAAUAACGUCAUCUGCUCCUCCAGCAUAAACAGGGGGAAGGAGGAACAGACAGGGAAGAGUAGGAGAAAGAACCCACUGGAGACCGACCACGACCAACAAACAAGCGAUCAAACCGAGAGACGAUGUGACCCCGCAACAGACGCAAAUCCCGGACACCGCAAGGUGCACCGCAGGCAGAAGCAGGAAACUCCCGCGCACUGCAAAGUGCCGCGACAACCAGGCAAGACAUAACAAAUAUUGAAAUAAUAAAGGAAAGUCAAACCUGCUAUGAUGCGUCCUGUAUCCAUCGUCACUACAACCCACACAUGGACGGU